AGGCGGCGGGGCCGGUGCGGGCGCUGGAGCCGCCGCGGCGGCAGGAAGAUGGAUGCGCCGUGCUCAUGCCUCGCCGCUCGGCGUCUUUCCUUGGCGGCACGGGCUUCCAAAGCAGCUGAGUCAAGGACCUUAAGGAAUGUCACGCAGUAGUUGCUGACCUAACUGACACUGAAAGGAACAGAAGAAGAUGGCAAUCCAUAUUUGAAAUAAACGUGUGGACUCUCUGAUAAAAAACCAUGUCAAAAAAAGGACGGAGCAAGGGCGAAAAGCCUGAGGCACUGAUUGUUGCCCUACAGGCUGCCAAUGAGGACCUCAGGACCAAGCUAACAGACAUUCAAAUUGAGCUGCAUCAGGAGAAAUCUAAGGUUGCUAAGCUCGAAAGAGAAAAGACUCAAGAAACGAAGCGCAUCCGUGAAGUGGAGCAACGCAAGCAGACCGUGCAGAUCACAGAGCUAAAAGCCAAACUCCAUGAAGAGAAAAUGAAGGAGCUGCAGGCGGUGAGGGAGAACCUCAUCAAACAGCACGAGCAGGAGAUGACGAGAAUGGUGAAAGUCCGAGACAGUGAAAUCCAGCGCCUGAAGUCGGCGCUGUGCGCGCUGCGGGACGGGAGCAGUGAUAAAGUACGGACUGCGCUGACCAUUGAGGCUCGUGAGGAGGCCAGGAAACAGUUUGACUCUGAGCGCCUUAAGCUUCUGCAGGAAAUUACUGAACUGAAGUCUGCCAAAAAGCAGGUGGAUGAGGCCCUUAACAAUAUGAUCCAGGCUGACAAGAUCAAGGCAGGCGAUCUUCGGAGUGAGCAUCAGUCCCACCAAGAGGCCAUUUCCAAGAUCAAAUGGGAGAGUGAAAGGGAUAUUCGACGCCUGAUGGAUGAGAUCAAGGCUAAAGACAGGAUCAUAUUUUCAUUGGAGAAAGAACUGGAGACACAGACAGGCUAUGUGCAGAAGCUGCAGCUGCAAAAGGAAGCUCUGGAUGAACAACUCUUUUUGGUGAAGGAGGCAGAGUGUAACAUGAGCAGUCCGAAGAGAGAGAUCCCAGGAAGGGCUGGAGAUGGUUCGGAGCACUGCAGCAGCCCUGACUUGCGCAGAAACCAGAAGAGGAUAGCAGAGCUGAAUGCCACCAUACGGAAGCUGGAAGACCGGAACACGUUGCUUGUUGAUGAACGAAAUGAGCUGUUGAAGCGUGUUCGAGAAGCUGAGAAACAAUGUAAACCUCUUCUGGAAAAGAACAAGUGCCUCACGAAGAGAAAUGAUGAACUUAUGCAGUCUUUGCAGCGCAUGGAAGAUAAACUCAAAGCAGUCACUAAAGAAAAUAUAGAAAUGAGAGAAAAAAUAACAUCACAUCCUCCUCUAAAGAAAUUAAGAUCUCUCAAUGACCUGGAUCAGGCUAAUGAGGAACAAGAAACUGAAUUUUUAAAGCUUCAGGUCAUAGAACAGCAGAACAUAAUUGAUGAGUUAACAAGGGACAGGGAGAAACUCAUUCGUCGGAGAAAGCAUAAAAGGAGCUCAAAACCAAUCAAGAGACAUGUGGUGGAUACGGUUUUUGGGUAUGAUGAUGAUUCUAUGGACUCUGAAACAUCCUCUGUGGCGUCAUAUAGAACAGACAGGACACCAGCAACCCCAGAUGAUGAUCUGGAUGAGGGUUUAGCAGCAGAAGAGUCAGAGCUGCGGUUUCGACAGCUGACGAAGGAGUACCAGGCCCUGCAGAGAGCGUAUGCACUGCUGCAGGAGCAGACAGGAGGGGUCAUAGAUGCUGAAAGAGAAGCCAGGGCUCAGGAGCAACUUCAAGCUGAAGUCCAGAGGUAUAAAGCCAAAAUAGAAGAUCUGGAGAAAACUUUGGCUCAGAAAGGGCAGGACUCACACUGGGUGGAAGACAAGCAGCUUUUUAUUAAGAGGAACCAAGAGCUUUUAGACAAGAUAGAGAAAACGGAAGCAGAAAACAACCGUCUGCAACAGGAGCUGCAGGAUGCGCGAGACCAGAACGAGCUGCUGGAGUUCCGCAACCUUGAGCUGGAGGAAAGAGAGAGACGGUCCCCACCAUUUAAUCUCCAGAUUCACCCAUUCUCAGAUGGUGUGAGUGCUCUACAGAUCUACUGCAUGAAGGAAGGGGUUAAGGAUGUCAGCAUCCCAGACCUUAUAAAGCAGUUAGACAUCCUAGGUGAUAAUGGGAAUUUAAGGAAUGAAGAACAAGUGGCUAUAAUUCAGGCUUCCACGGUAUUGUCCUUGGCAGAAAAGUGGAUCCAGCAGAUUGAGGGAGCUGAAGCUGCUCUGCAUCAGAAGAUGAUGGAACUGGAAAGUGAUAUGGAGCAAUUUUGCAAAAUAAAAGGUUAUUUGGAGGAAGAAUUAGACUACAGAAAGCAAGCUCUUGACCAAGCGUACAUGAGGAUCCAGGAGCUUGAAGCGACCUUGUACAAUGCUUUGCAGCAAGAAACAGUGAUAAAGUUUGGGGAACUACUCACUGAAAAACAGCAGGAAGAGCUGAGGACAGCAGUAGAAAAGCUAAGACGUCAGAUGCUGAGGAAGAGCAGAGAAUAUGAUUGCCAGAUUCUUCAGGAGAGGAUGGAGCUGCUCCAGCAGGCUCAUCAGAGGAUCCGAGAUUUAGAAGAUAAAACUGACAUCCAAAAGAGACAAAUUAAGGAUCUGGAGGAAAAGUUUCUAUUUCUGUUCUUGUUCUUCUCUCUUGCCUUUAUUCUUUGGCCUUGAUGUCAAUGUGCCUCUUGGAAAGGUAAGACUGUUUUAUUUAUUUCCUCAAAGCUAGCACUUCUUGCACAGACCGGAGGAUCACAUCCUUGUGUGUUCUUGUGGAUGUUUGGAGUCUGCAAAUGCAGCAGGUUGUUGUCGAUUUGCAGUAGUUCACAGUAGGGGGUUGUUGUACUGCCAAGCUGCUGGUGAUAUUGUGCUAUUCAUAAUUGGAAAAAUAAAAGCUAACAAGGAAUUUCACAGUAUCAAAAAGCCAAGGGAAUUGCAGGGGAAAUUUAAUGUUGAUGUUUACAAAGGGAUGCAGAUGGAAAACAGUUAAAAUAACCUCAACCGUAAACACACUCUGAACUAGCACUGAGGAAGGAGAUCAGGAUUUUGAAACAGGUAGAGCAGCAGCUCUACUUUUUAAAACAAGUGUCCUGUAGCAGGAAAAAUACAAAGAAAGACAAGGAAGAAGGAUCAACUGCUGAGAGACAGGAAGGGAGAGAUAGAGAAAUGGAAGUAUUUUUAUGGCUCAGGAAGUGACACUGCUAAUAGGAGGUAUUGGAGAGGUCUAAAAAAAUUGUCAUAGAAUGGAUGGAUGGACGGACGGACAGACAGCUUGCUAUUGUUCACCGUCUAAUAGAAUCAAUUACCAUGUAACAAGCUUAAAGAAACAAAAAUUCAUAGUUAAGGGUACAGGUGGUAAAGAAGUCUUUCACAGUAUGCUUAGCAGCUGAAAGUUCUGAAUUCAAAAGGUAAUGUGAAGAUGGGGAAAUAAAUCAGAGAACUAUAAUGGUCCCAUUUUUAUCUGUGCCUAGCCACUUCCAGAACAAGGAUGCUGGGCUAGGACAAUUUUUCUUUUGAUCCAGGAUAACAAAAGUAGAACAUAGCAUAGAAAACAUAAUGUUAAAGUCUCAAGAACAUGUAAUGACAGCAUAAUUUUCUGAUUUGAGGACAGACCCAUACCAUUAAAUUUCUCAGUCUCUCUUGGCUCUGGCUUCAGCUGUGUUAAUGAAUAAUUCCUCUGCUCUCCACCUGAUAAAAGCUGAGAUACAGUUGUGUGAAAUAUGUUCUGCCCUUCCACCAUUUGUACCAGCUCAUUUUUUGUUUCCAGAUACAAUUCAAGGUAUUGAUUAUAAUUAAGUGGCAUGGGUCAUGUUUGGUGGGUUUCCCUUUUCCCUUUAAGGAAAAGCCCCUACUUCGUGUUUUAUUUCAGCUAGAUCCAAGCUUUCAUUUGCACUUUUGUGCUGAUGCAGAGACAACUCUCAGAAUUAGUCACUUCAGCUGGAAUCCACUGUGUCCUUGUUUGGCCAGACCUCAAAAUGAAUGUUUCCAUGGGCUGAGGCAGCAAUAUACCUGGAGGUUGGCUUGAAUGAGGAACAACCCAUAGAGAAGAAUUAGGAGAAAUGCAGACAGAUCAGUGAUCACAGCUCUUGUGAACAAGAGUCAGUAUCAUUAUCAAGUUGCUGCAGUUUCAAACAUACUGCCUUGAUCCAGUGAUUAUGAAACACAAUAACUUAUGACUGCAUUAAUUGUGUUCCUACUGCAGGAUUUCUGAGAACCAUGGUGCAGCAUAGUAUAGCUGUGAGAUGUUUUAGGUAUCUCUGACUGGUGGAAGUUUGACUUCACAGUUUCUUGCUUAUUCAUAAUGGAGAAAAAAAUUAGAAACUCUUCUGAAGUGACCAAAUUGUGGACAGAAUAAUUUUAAGAAACCAAGAUUUUCACAGUACACAGUAGUAGCAAAUAACUUUCUAUGACUAUGUCUUUUGCUGUACCACAGAAUCAUGAGUCUAGAACAAGCAGUCAACCUAGAGGGAGAUUCCAAAUUAACAAAAAUAUUGGAUUUAAGGUGCUCCUUGAAAAAUCACAGGAACUUGUAGUGACAUUUGUGAGAACCUGCCUGCAUGACUUUUUUCCAUUUGCCUGUACUGUUUUCCUUUUUUCGUUCCUGUCACAACUGAAAUAAUGUCCUUGUGCAGCAUAUGAGAAAAACUUGGGCAAUAAGAGGUUCAGAGUUUUCUAUAUAUACAGUUUGCACCUACAUUUUCCACCAGUGUGGGUAUGGCAUUGGUUCUCUAAUGAGUAUUUGCCUCUUCUAGUACAGCUACAGAAUUGGUGAGCUUUUACGUCCUAGUAUUACCAAUACCAAUCUGCUAAUACCAUUUGCUAAUAACACUUAACCUUUUGGCCUAAUUUUUGAGGGCAGGUAUUGGCUGGUUAGAAAAGCUAAUGAGAUGCUUGAGGUCAGAACUCCAUAUUUUUCCUAAGUCCUAGGAGGUUUGCUAUUUUUCACUUGGAGUCAUCCUGCCUCCAUGGGCUGCUGGGUCCUGUUCAGCUCUUGCUCUUCACGGAGCUGAUGCACAUCUUGCUGUCAUGUUCAUUGAACAGGACUAAAAAUCAAAACAAUAUAAACAUUUAUGUGCUGUCCUUAAGGCAUACACGACUGUCCCAGCUCACAAUUGACCGAUGUCAUUGCAGGGGAAUUUACAUGGAUCCAUUAGGGAUUGUGUCAAGAAUUCACUUCCCUCCUCACACCCUUUCUCUCUCCACCCUCCACCCCCCAUUCUGGCCCAAUCUCCUUCAAUGGGUUUUCCUCUUGUUUUACAUAACAUCUAAGGUUUAGCAGGUGUAAAUCCCUUCGAGAUCACUUUGUUGAGCCCAGGAAUGCUGCUCUAACUACAAUGCCAAGCUGAGUUUCACUCAUUGAAGUCACUGUUGCUCCAUAAUGGCUGGUCCCUGGAGCACACAGGGCUCCAGUUCCCCAUAGAGACAAUGAGAAGCAUCAGCAGGAGCUGAAAUGUGGGUUACAGCCCCAUAAAGCCUGCCAGGCAGUUGUGGCACUCCUAGGACCACUCAGGAGGUGAAGGGUUCUUUUGCCUUUCCCAUCCUUCUUUUACAUAUUUGGCUUGAUGAACAUCAGGUGGGGAUCAACAAGACAGAUUACGGUGAGCUGAGUGACAGAGGAAAAGAGCCGUGACAGUAGCGGAGAUACAGUGACUUACAGAAUCGACAUGGACUGUGAAGGUGGAAAAGUCUUACGGGAGAGGUGUGUGUGGGGGAUAUAUAAACUCAAUGCUUUUCCAGAGGAUCUGCACUGCUGUGAACUCCCUUGAACUGUAAAGACAGCUGCAGCAGGCCCAGCAUCACAGCACGCAUGACACCUGUAGAGUGUUUUACCAAGGCCAGUCACUCCACAGGUGCAAAGCAUCAAGUCUUGUAGCAGUUCCUCAAAAACAAGGUAAUGGUAAGCUCCUCAUCCCCUGCCUUCACCCCUGCAUUUUCCUCUAUGGGAUCCUCUCCCUUCAGUACCUGAGGGGAAAUCUCCAGACACAGGCAAUUUGGGAAUGGUGUUGGCAAGAAGGAGAGGGAUUUUAGCACAGUCGUAUUCUCCAAGGCUGGAAUACAUGGAAUUGGAGAGAAUAACUAACAUUGAUUUGUGUUGCCCAUUCACGUUAAAAAACACCUGCCUACCCAGGUGAUUUAAUUCAGCAAAGGUGAGCACGGCAUGGGGAGUGUGCCAUCAGCAUUUCUUCUUACAACUAUUGAGCUGUAUAUUUUGUCAUAUGUAUAAUAUACUAUAUAUAUAUACUACAAAAGUGCUUUACUUCUACUGGAUGGAAGUGAACUGUCGUAGCCUUAUCAUAAGGGACUUCGUACAGAUCCCUGACAAAACAAACAAAAAGCCCAGCUCAUGCUGGGGAGCCACUUGAUGGUGAAAAGUCUUUGGUUUUGUUCAUGCCUUGGUGCAGUUUAUCCUUUGCCAGUCUUUUAAGCAGGAGAGAGAAAUCCACAAUGUGGUCACAGAUGAUACCUUCUGGUUUCCUUCUCACCCAGAGUGAACACUUGACUCACUGCUGUACUGCAAUAACAAAGGACAAGAAUGUGCAAAUGAAGGAAGCCAUGUGCAGCAGAUACAGUAUCCAUACCAGAAGCGCUCUCAUUCCUGUUUAUAUGGGAUUUUCCUACCUGCAUUUUCUCUGUGCUUGUGAACAUAUGUAUCCACUUAUUUGUGAUCACAUAAGGAAGUGUGGUCUGUGUGGAUUUUGCACCCAGUGAAUUUUACUAUGUAGGCUUAAAUGCUGAGAUAACAAAGACAAAAUAUGCCCUUUUUCCCCUGGUCUCAAACCUGAGAACCAAAGUUAUUUUCUAUAGGUAAGGUAGGCUUUCUCAGAACAUCAGCAGUUUCUGUUUGCCUCAGUGCUGCAAAAUUCCGGGCUUGCUCUGACACCCCAAGGAUAUUGCCUGCUGCCGUGGCUCUUGUUAUGGGUGAAUUGUAGGCAGCUUUGGUUCAAGAGUCAUUGAAACUUAUGCAUACUACUCAUGUGAACAUGCCCAUGGGGACUUUUAUGCACCACAGGGUUGAACUUCGUGGGGUUUCAAUGGACAAGCUUAUCAAAAUACACAGAAUUCUCACAAGUGCUUUUCAUGCAGACAAAACCAGUUUCAUACUGAUAGCUACAAGAACUAGCCUUUUCAGCUUCCUGAUUGAUAUAUUGAUUCUAUCUUUGCAAAUCUGGGAUAGGUAGGUAGAGGAACUUAGAAACUUACACCUUAUCUGAUACAGAUGUUCUUCUUUUUCUUUUUUUUUUUAACUUUUAGAGUGCCCGACCACACAGAUAAGUCCUUAUAAAGGCAAAUGCUUCCACCCCUCGAUGAAGAGAAUAUUGUUUACACCUAUUUUCAAAUGUAUAAAAAUGAACAACCUGUAGCCAAGACUGCAACCACCUUGUAUUUUAAAGCCAUCACUCAAAAUUUGUUACCUGACAAUUCCUGUCUAAAGCUAUGAUAUAUGCUGCAUCUAAUGAAAUCCUGUAUGUUGAAAUUACAAAAGGGGAAGAAAAAUAAACUGAUAACCUACAUCACCUAGGAAGAACUUAAAGGGAAGGGACCACUUUCAGCUGAUCAAGUCAGUGUGUCUUGGGCAUGGAACCAAAGUUACAAUUGAAAAAUCUAUUCCUGCUGUGCAGGGCAAUCAUUUAAAUGUUUCCCUGUCAUCUGACAAAUGGAUCGAAAAUGAACAGAUGAGAGUAGGAGAAACUCAAGAGAUGCUGACAACAAAGUGUUCAGUUUGAAGUAUGUGGCUUUCUCGCUGCAGGGACUCCUGCUCUCCCUCUUUGGUUUUAACCUCAGGAACAAAUGACAGCUGCAAUGUGGAAGGAAGAAAGGAAAAAAGCCCAGUGUGUGUUACUGCAGGGUGGGCAGGACAGAUCGCCAUGUUUUGUGCUUGAGAUUGUUACACAGCACCACUGGCCUUGGCCAAGGCAUGGCAGAAGAGGGUGGAUGGCAUAAGGAGGGUUUCCAGUGGAGCUGAAGCCUUAUCUCUCUUCACCAUCCCUCCAUGAAGAACAGCCUGUCUAUUAUCAGAUACUUUUCAUACUCUUUAAAGACUGCCAUUGAGAUAAUAAAACCAAGACUAUACUUGGUUUCACUAUAGAGUAACCACUGAAUUGGACCUACAGAAUAGCUUCUGAGAAAGAAAAGAGAUGUUGGAGGACAGGGCAUCGAGGAAAGCUAAUCCCCUUAUCCAUAUGACAUGAUUCACAAAGCAUCAGCUUCCAACUGUUUUGUCUCAGCUUGGAAAAAAUGUUCAGCUUGUCAACUGACUUUGUUGGCUUCCCGAUCAAUGAUACAUAGACCAAAAAUGGGGAAAAACAUUGUGAACACAACCUUAUUACAGAUAAGAAAUAUUGCUAGUCUGUUUAGAUUUUUCCACAGUUAAGAGUAACUAAAAGUAGUUUUCAUUUGAAAGCAUUACUUACCUCUGUACUCAUGAAGCCUGGAACCCAGCCGUGGUGCCUCCCUGAGGCCAUAGGUCCAUGCCCCCAUCGCUUUGUCAGAAAUGUAGGUCCAUGCACUCCUGCAGUCUUUCAGAAGAGCACUCCCUGAGGAGCACAAUGCCUGCAGCAGUCACUGUGAGUCCUGUGCUGAGGAAGGAGUGCAGCCAGCUGCACCCACCC